AUGGCGUCGGCUUUGCCUUCGACACCCCGACGCGGGACACAAAAAUCUUCACAGCUUCGACAUGUUAGCAAUGGCAGCUCCGAAAUGACACCAAUUGCUGAACCCGUGCUUUUCCCCUCUGGGACCGAUCAACAGGAUCCAAUCCUACCGAAAAGCUCCAGCGAGAGGAAGUGCACGCUUUGGAUUCAUGAUGACCUGUUUUCUCGGGACGAUGUUAUUCUCAACCUGGAUCAUUUCCCUGAUGUCAGGGUGGGAGAUCUCAUGGCUAUUGUUGAAUUGAAGACGGAUCCUCCGCUUCGAGACUUCCCGGAAAACAUAACAGCUCAUAAGACAGAGGCCGAAGCUCUAUCUACUCCUCCGCCUGGUGCCCGAAGCCAUUCGAAACCAAACAGUCCAAAUGGAGCGCUCCCAUCUUCAGCUAAGCAUGACCUUGACCUUGGAAGGCAAUGCCUUUUCAUAGCCAAAGACAUGUCAAAGGAAAUGAAAGCAAGACAGCCAACCAUGGAUGUCUCCGUAGCAAAACAUAUGGCGGAUACAUUCCACCUCAAGUCAAGAGCGCAGGUUCUUGUGAUUACCGCUGAUCCUGCGGCUACUUCUGCAUCUCAUGUAGAACUGUCCUUUAAAGAUGAGUAUCUUUCUCGGUCCGACAUGUGGAGAUUAGCUGUCGGUGAACUUGCCGAUAAGACAGUAUUCAAGGGUCAAAAGAUCAUCUUUCUUGGGAGCAUAAAGGCUCAAGUGACCUCUAUAUACAUUGCUGGACGUAAAGUGCAAUCCGCUCUUUAUUCUGCCAAUACGAAACCUGUCUUCAGGAGCGAGUCCGCUCGCUAUGUCUUGUUUAUUCAAAUGUCGAGAGAGAUGUGGGACUUUGAUUCUGAAGGGUCGGGCGAGAUCAUGUUCAACAAGGUUGUCAACGGCUUUCUUCCGGCGCUUUUCAAAAAAUGGGUUGCUCUGAAAGCAAAGCACCUGGUAAGCAUCGUUUUGUUCACUAGGGUUGAAUAUGAUACGGGAAUUGCUUCCGAACUGGCUGCCGCAACGCAUGAUGUAUCCUAUCAUACUGGAAUGCAAGCCGAAGGCAACAAAAAACCUUACAAAGACUUUUAUAGAGUCGUUGUGAGCGAAAUGGCUAGUGGGUCUUGGACUACAAUUCUAUAUCAAUUGAAGCGGGAAUUCAAGUUUUUUCGUCGAGAUAUAUCAUUACACCGUAUCAAACUUGUCAACGCUUUAUCUUCAACGACAGGAGACUCGUCUAGAGGAGUACUAGGCACUCGAAUUGAGGCGGAACCAUCGUUAGCGAUACACGGCAAUGUCCUCGAAGCAAUAAACUUAGCAUGCUCCCAAUUUGCGCACGACUACAUCGACCGAGAUCUCAUGCGAACAGGAAUAUCCGUUGUUGUCAUAACACCCUCUCCGGGCCUGUUUGAAGUUGACUAUAAGAUGCUCAGCAUGACUACCGAAAAUCUGAUUGGAAACGGCAUCGGAAUCGAUCUAGUAUGCUUGCCUAAGAUGCCCUUACAUUCUGUCCCUUUGUUUCGCUACCGCAAUCCCCAAUAUGCCCUAUUUCAAGAAGCUAUUCACAUGAAAUCUUUCCCGAGCGAUGACAACACCCCACGACAGAAUCCAGCCAUGUUUGGAAGUAGUUUCUCAUCUCAGAAUGGGUCUUUGUCACCUCACAAGGCCUAUCUACACGAUCGUGGCCUCCGUGGAGGGUCAUUCUCCAGCAAUGGUGCUCCAAGCGAGUGGUCUUAUGCAAUACCUCAUUGGAUUGAUGUAUCGUUUUGGACCGGAGCAUCCCAGGAUAUCCAUCUUGUGGAAAGCUCAGGAAACGUUCUUAGCAAACCAUUCAAAUGUGAGCGUACUGAGAGAUCUCACGAAUUUGAAAUUCGAUGCAAAAUGUAUGAAAUGGAAAUGGCUAGUGUGAUGGAAAAUGUCUUGACUGAGAUUGCUGUUACACCUCUACAGCAAGAUGCUCUCUUCCCCCAGAUGACCAUAGGUCCACAAGAAGUGCCUGGAGCUGCACAAAAUGCAGACGCAAAUACGGGCUUUGUGACUCGGACUAAGGUCCUGUCGAGUCUAUCAGAAUUCGUUGCAGGCCCUUCAAAAGCUCAAUAUGACCGACAUUCUCCUCAGGGAGAAAGAUCUUUGUACAAGGCUGCCGAUAAAUUCGACGCUGCAGUAUCAGAGAUCGCCGAAGGCGUCUCCGAGCUCCCUACCAGUGGGGAAAACAGAAGACUUUCAAAAGCAGGAAGUGAGGACAUAACGAGGAAGGCCCUGGCGGAAGAUCCCAAAAUAUUUGGUACAUCAUUCCAUGACAACAAUAGCACGCCUACCGGGCCUAGUAUCCUUGGAAGCUCGUACAGUUCCACCAAAAGUAAACAAAACACUCAAGAUACAGAAGAGAUAGUAAAGCGUCGUCAUGAUAGUGUAAGCAGCAUGACUAUGGCCAAGCCAUCUCCAGCAAGGCCUGCUAAAUUUGGUCGACAAAUAAGCUUGGGCAAAUUCGGCUUUGGGAUUGCUGCACCAAAGGCGGCAACUGCGCAGAUUCAGACCGAGCACGCAAGUGCAGCAAGGCCAGCGACGGCGAUUGGAAAGGUCAACGAAGGAAAGAAGCCAAAGAGUACAACAAUAGCGAAUCAGCUCCUAAGCACUGCAACUCAUGAGCGACCAACAUCGUCAAGUAGCGAAAUCUCGAAAUCAAAAUCAGACACCCCACCAUCGGAACGCGGAGACGAGCUCAAAGAUACUCCAAGAGCUUUAGGAGGAAAGCCUAUGACCGUGAAAAGUGCUCUACAGUCACUAGACUCGACCAAUCAAUUCAAAUCGCGGUCGAUGCGUGGAUCAUUUUAUGACGAUAAGUUGGAUGAAGGGGAAACUGUCGGUUCCUUUAAAAUGAGGUACCAUGAUACUCAGAAGCUUUUCAACUCGAAGCUGUUGGCAAAAUCGGUUCCAGAACUACCUGCAACUUUGUCACCAGGUACGGCCCUAUCUCCUUGGCUUAGCGUUCUCAAUCCUUCGAACCCGACGGCGAACGACGUUGCUGGACCAAGUCAGUACAGGCGUUGGCAGCAUGUUUUCCCAAAACCAGUUCAUACCAACACAAUGAAAUGGAAGUCUCUUUGCUGCCCCGCGGCUGUACCGUUAACAACAGAAUAUUUCCCUACAAAGCACCAACUUGAGACGGAGUACCAACAGAAGCCUUAUAAUAUAUCCCCAAACACGGAGGAUGAGCUAAGCGAGGUCCCAACGUCUCGUGAUGAUUUUCUUCGAGAGUUAAUCGGCCUGAGACUGUCCCAGGGGUUCCAGAUUGUGCUUGGAUCAGCAGUUGCCCAGGCUUUCGGGCAAAAGUUUUUAAAGAUAGCUAAUGUCUUUGAUCCAAAAGACAUAGCUGAGGAUGGGGCCAGCGUGUUUAUGUCUAUGGGAAAUAUCAUCCACCAACUUUCUUGUGUUAAUGAGACUGAAAUCGAGGUCAACAUGUUUGUUCGGAAACCAAUAGCUCCGACGGCUCCUAAUGCCGCCACUCCGUUGAUAUAUAAGCCUGCCGUCAAAACAACGUUAGCUUUGGAUUACAAGUCGCGACAGGUCAUGCUUGGAAAGCCCAAAGAGGAGUAUAAUUGGAAUUAUGUUGAUUCAUUCAUUGCGGGCUUUGAUGAAGAGAUGUCGGAGAAUCUUCGAUUCUGGCGUGCAAGAUACGUCCUCAUACCUGUCGAGAGACCAACUCAAUCCCAAAGAAGGCAUGACGGGGAUAAUGAGGAAGAGAUCCGAUUAGAGGGAAUCAAAAAAUUGACUCAAACGUGGCAACGACAUAGAAUCUUAUCUGCAUCCGAGAAACGAUUUCAGAGCCUCGCCGCUCGGAAAACCAAAGAUCAGAACCCUCUCGAUAUUGUGUACAAGACUGAAGAUCCAUCAAUUGUCGUCAGUGCGGAGCUUGAGACCCUGCCUUUGGUUGAGACUGGCAAUACGGGAUUUCAAAGAAGCCAACUCAUCGAGAGUGAGAGAUUCAGGCAGUCAAAACUCGAUAUUGCGUCUUUAGCCGAAGCUAUACAAUCACCUGUUGAGCGUGGUGGGGUGCGAAUGCAAAAUCGAAGAUGGCAUUUCCGACUUCAUUACAAUUGUUUUAUUGGUUCCGAUAUGACAACCUGGUUGAUAGAGAAUUUUGAAGAUGUCGAGACAAGAGAAGAGGCAGUCGAGCUUGGGAACUUAUUGAUGGCUAAAGACGAUCUUCAGCGGAUCAAAGAGCGUGAAGUUCCAAAAGACAACGUCAAGGAUAAGGAGAUGGGAAUAUUCGUCCAUGUCGAAAAACGCCAUCCUUUUCGCGAUGGGCAAUAUUUUUACCAGGUCACCGGAGAAUAUGCGAAACAGCGACCAGAUAGCAGGAGUGGGUGGUUUGGGUCACGGCGUCGUGACCAAUCCGUUCCAUCUACUCCACUCGCAGAAAAUCUUCCAAGAGACUCACCAAGGCCGGAGAGGUCGAGGUCAAGCUCAAAUUAUGAUGAACGGUCUUCAGAUUCUGGUACAACAACGCCGACAACUCUUAACGGUCUGGGCGCAAAAAGACCGAAAGUAUAUCUGAGUAAGGUGAUGAAGUAUGAUGUUGACCAUCGACGGAGAUCUUAUCGACCUGAGAGGAUCAAUCUACAUUAUGAUCGUCUACACAAUCCCGACAACUGCUACCACAUUCGAAUUGAUUGGAUGGGAGUGACAGCAAAACUAAUUGAGGACGCAAUAGAAUCUUGGGCCCGCACAGCAGAAGGAUAUGGAUUAAGACUUGUCGAAGCUCCCAUAGGCGAAGCUUGCAGCAUCACCGAGAUACACCCUUUUCGUAGCCCAUACAUAAUCGAACUGGCACUUCAACCUCCCGAUCAACAACCUCGGACUUACUUUGACGCCAGCUCAUUUGCGCCUCAAUUACCAGCAAGUCGUCACUACUACCAAAAAGCAAUCAUGAAGAAAUUCAACUUCGUCCUCGAUGUCGAAGCAGCUCGCAACUUCCCUCUCAACGUAGACGUAACCUACUCCUGGGGCCGUCCGGACUACAAAUACACCCAAUACAUCCACCGGUCCGGCAUCCUCCUCGUUCAAAUAACCGACGAAGGAAGUUUCCUCCUCCUUGCAAACAGACUCUACAAUAACCGCACAGCCGCAGCGCGCGAAUCCGACAGGUAUGUCAAGAACGAUAAUACUACAUCUCUUGAAUCCCGCUCGACUCGUCUCCCUCCCACCUCCCACAUGUAUGGGUCUAUAGGAGCCCUCUCCUCCUCUCCACUUAACUCUCCUUUGCUCCGUCCGGUUCCUACGAGCCAUCCUUCUCCCUUGCUACGUGCCACUUCUGACGUCCUGGGUCCUGUUAGCGCUAAGACCUCUGCUGUUCUGUCGCCUGAAUCUAUCAAGAAUGAACUUGAGGAAUUUUGUCAUUCGAAGGGGCAGCUGGAAGUGUUUUAUAAGGAGGUUCUGGAGCGCGCGCAAGUUCCGCAAGCGACGCCACCGACGCUGAGGGGACUGGCGGGCGUGGGGUCUGAUGUUAAUAUUCCGCUUCUGGGACUCCCACCUAGUUUGACUAGGGGGGCGGAGAGGGAUACAAGUCCUGGCCCGGUCAGGUUGAGGGAUAUUAGUGGCGUGGGGAGUUCGAUGCCGCCGUUGUUGGGGAGGAGGAAUAGUACGCAGGUUGGGUAUGGCGAGGGGUUGAAGAUGGCUGGGAAGGUAGAUAGAGGGGAAGAUAAGAGUGCGGAGGGGGAAGGGAAGUGA